UUUCAUUCCAAUCUCCAUCUGUCUCUCUCUCAAAACUCCCAAAUUUAUGUUGAAAAUUGAAGAAGAAGUUGGUAGCAAAUAUCUAUUGGGGUUUCGCUACAAUUAGAGAAAAUUAAAAAAAGAAACUCUAAUAGAUUCUCCUUUUAAUUCAAUCUAAUGGAGGGAUCCUGUUAUUAUUCUGUUUUGGGUCUCUCUAAACACGCUUCUUCCGCCAAUAUUCGUUCAGCUUAUCGAAAACUCGCUCUGGAAUGGCAUCCGGACAAGUGGACAAAUAAGCCUCCACUUGAGGCUGUAGAAGCUAAUCGAAAGUUUCAAAAAAUUCAAGAAGCUUAUUCAGUAUUAUCAGAUGAAAAUAAAAAAUCAAUGUAUGAUGCUGGAGCUCUUGAUUUAUUCGACGACAUUGAUGAUAAAGAAGGCAUGGGAGAUUUUUUGCACGAUUUAAUGAAAAUGAUGGACAAUAACCCCAAGGCUGAGACGGAAAGCUUGGAGGAUUUGCAAAAAACGUUUGUUGAUAUGUUUGGUGACGAUUUGAGGGAGUUUAUGGAGAAGCAAGACCGGACGGACAGGAAGAGGGCACGUGUCUCGCUAGAGAAAACUAACAUGUCAAGAAGCAGGGCUUGUCGCUAGCAGGGUGCCAUCUGCAUUAGGCACUGAUAUGACAAGGGAUUUGGUGUGUUGUGAUCUUCUUUUUAGGUUUACAUUUAAAUUUAAAUGAUUGUUGUUAGGGUGGACAAGUAAAUUGGAUGAUUUGGACUUGGUUGAUAUGGAUAUUUCAUGUCUCAAUUCAAAAACCCUUUUGCCUUUCUUAUCA